AUGCAAGUAAAGCUCAAAGCCUAUCCCUCGCAAUUUUUAAAACGAAAGAAGGAGCUCGUAGGCCUGAAUAGAGUUUCCGAUAUUUAUUGUGUGAUUAUUUCUCCAUUGAUGGCACGUCUGUUGGAUAUUUGGAAUGUUGUGGAGUCAUAUCCUAAUGUGUGUUGUGUUAGCAAGGAAAUAUUUCCCAGACAAUAUUUUGUAGAAAUUAAUGAUGAAAAAUCGGAAUCGGUGGACUUAAAUAGUCGACGAAUUAUUCUGACACUUUAUAUAGACCCAUCACUAGGAGUUUUGAAAGCAAAUUUCAAAGCACAAGAUGUGGAGCCAGAAAUUUAUAUGAAUGAAAUAGCAAUGAAAAGCCUCGGGCUUGAACAAGACCAAGAAGUUGUGAUUAAAAUAGGAAUUUCUGAACAAAUACCAGAGCUGCAACGAGUGCUUUUGAAACCUUUCUCGGAAAAUAGUUUCUCCAAAAUUUUGCCAGUCAAUAAGAAUUAUGUCAAAGAGUUUAUAUCUACGAAGAAAUUUAUUAAUAGAAAUUCUAAAAUCUCUAUACCGUUGGAUGUCUUUGAUAAUGACACUGAAUACAUGGAAUUCAAUAUUCAAACCAAAUAUUUAAAUGAAAGCGAAAUAGAAUGGGGUAGAAUAUCUGAAAAGACGAAAAUUAUUUUCAAUUCAGAUGAAAUAGAUUUAAAUCAUUUACAAUGUAGCUCAUUUUGGAAAAGUGAGCAAUAUUACACUUUGCGCUCAUUGAUCAAUCAUGCAAUGAAAAAUGUGUCUCACUCCAUUCGCAGUUUUUUAAUUUAUGGAGCUGGAGGAAAUGGCAAGUCAAGUCAAGUUUUUCAUAUUGCCAAAGAUUUGAAUGUAAAUGUGAAAAAACUGUCACCCUCUUCACUCUAUCAAAAUAUUUACCAAGACGAAGAAGGAGUAUUCAAUCUUUAUCACCAAUUGAAAGAGGCAGAAAGUUUGCAUCCUUGUAUAUUUCUUAUUGAUGAGAUUGAUAUUUUAUUCCCUGACGAUGAAGAGUCCAAAGAUUUACUACUUCUCAACCAGUUACUCUCAAUUUUUCAUUAUCUAGAAUCAUCACCAUUUCCACUCUGCCUUGUUGGUAUUACCAGUCAAAUAGAACGUCUUGACCCAUUUGUAAAGCAAAAAUUCGAGGAACAUAUUAUGGUAGACGUUCCAAGCAACGAGGAACGCUUUCAUAUUUUCAAGACCUUGUUAUUGAACAAUGAUAAUGUUAAGGUGGAAUUAGAAAUGAAUGAAUCUGAGAUUGGACAGUUCAAGACUGUUGACAAUCUCCUCAAGGACAUUUCUUUUAACCACUUUCAUGGUUUGGUGCAAGCAGAUAUCGCUCUUCUUUGCUCUAAUUGCAUUCAAAACGCGAGAAUGCGACAAUUACUGCAUUCUCAUUAUCACAACAAUUUGAAUUCUCCAUUACCAACUGUGAGCAUUUCUUCCACAGACCUCAUUGACGAGAUUAAAAAGAUAGAGCCAUAUUCUAUAAGACAAUCUUCACAAUCAUUAACAAUACCGCAAAUACCUAGAGUGAGAUGGGAGGAUAUUGGAGGCCUGCAUGAAGUCAAAGCCAAACUGAAUGAAAUGAUUGUUUGGCCUUUAAAACAUUACGAAUCAUAUGUGAGAAUGGGAAUUAAGCCACCCACUGGAUUGUUGCUUUAUGGACCACCAGGAACCGGAAAGACAUUAAUUGCAAAAGCAGUAGCAUCUGCAUCAAGUUCCAAUUUUAUUUCUAUCAACAUUCCUGAUCUCAUUAAGGCUGAAGUUGGAGAGUCUGAGAAAACUCUUGCUGAGAUAUUUAGAAGAGCUCGCUUGGCAAGCCCUUGUGUCAUUUUCUUUGAUGAAAUUCAAGCAAUAUUUGGCGAUCGAAUGGACUCUUCCAGUGGUGAACAACGUUUAAUUUCACAAUUGUUACUCGAACUGGACUCUCUGGAGAAUACAGAAUUUUUAACACGUCAACGAAGUACUGACUCUCAAUCCAACAAUCAUGGCUGUGUCAUUGUUAUUGCAGCUACCAACGUACCACACAAAAUUGAUCCUACACUCCUCAGACCAGGAAGAAUUGAGCACGUGCUUUAUGUUGGACCUCCAGACAACGAUGCAAGAAAAUCCAUAUUUGAAAUGUGCAUUAAGGGAAUGACAGUCGAAGAGAAGAUCCAUCAUUAUGUCGAUUCGUUGGUCGAAAGGACCAACAUCUAUUUUUCGGGUGCGGAUUUAGCAAACAUUUGCCAACGUGCUGGACUUAACGCCCUUUCCCGGUCUAUUCUUUCCCAAGGCACUAGUACAAGCCCAUCUGUUGAUAGAGAUGUUGUCUCGGUGGAAGAUUUUGAGAGAGCUCUAUCCAUGAUUUCACCCUCACUUACAAAACCUCAAUUACAAUAUUAUACGAAUUGGGAACUUCAUCGACACUGUAGUGAUAUUGAAUAA